AUGACUGGUGGUGGUGAAAUGCCUAAGAGUAAGCAAACUCCCAAGAACAAGGCUUGCCUUAUCUGUAUUGAUGGUUGGGGUAUCUCUCCCGAAUCUGAUCCUAAGGGUGAUGCUAUCCGUAAUGCUGAAACACCUGUUAUGGAUAAGCUCGAAAAGGAAGAACCUUUCGUUCCCAUUGCUGCCCACGGUCUUUCUGUUGGCUUGCCCGAUGGCUUAAUGGGUAACUCUGAAGUUGGUCACCUUAACAUUGGUGCCGGUCGUAUCGUCUAUCAGGAUAUUGUUCGUAUCGAUCUCGCCAUGAAAAACAAGGAAUUUGGCAAAAUUGAAAACAUCAAGGGUGCUUUCGAUCGCGCUAUCAAUGGUAACGGUCGUCUUCACUUUAUGGGUCUUGUGUCUGAUGGUGGUGUUCACGGUCAUAUCGAUCACCUUGUUUCUCUCUUGACAGCCGCUAAGGAAGCUGGUGUUCCUGAAGCUUACAUUCACUUCUUUGGUGAUGGCCGUGAUACUGCCCCCAAGUCUGCUGCCAAGUACAUGGCUCAACUUGUUGACUCUCUUAAGGAACUUGGUUACGGUAAGAUUGCUGACAUUAACGGUCGUUACUAUGCUAUGGAUCGUGAUAAGCGUUGGGAACGUAUCCAAAUUGCUUUUGAAGGUAUGACCCAAGCCAAGGGUGAAAAAGCUGAAGAUCCCGUCAAGGCCAUUGAAGCUCGUUAUGAAAAUGAUGAAACCGAUGAAUUCUUGAAGCCUAUCAUUAUUAACGAAGAAGGCCAAAUCAAGGAUGGUGAUACCAUCUUCACCUUCAAUUUCCGUUCUGAUCGUAUGCGUGAAAUUGUUCAAGCUUUCGGUAUUUCUCCUCCUCCCUUCGACUCUCCUGUGCCCAAGAAUGUUGAAAUCUUCACCAUGACUCAAUACAAGAGCGACUUCCCCUUCAAGGUUGCUUUCCCUGCUCAAUCCAUGGACAAUGUUCUUGCUGAAUGGUUGGCCAAGAACGGUGUUCCUCAAAUGCACAUUGCCGAAACUGAAAAGUACGCUCACGUUACCUUCUUCUUCAACGGUGGUAGUGAAGCUCAAUUUGAAGGUGAAGACCGUGGUUUGGUUCCUUCUCCUAAGGUCGCCACUUACGAUCUUCAACCUGAAAUGAAUGCUGCAGGUGUUGCUGAAAAGGUUUCUGGAGCUAUUGAAUCUGGCAAGUAUCCCUUUGUCAUGUGUAAUUUUGCCCCUCCUGAUAUGGUCGGCCACACUGGUGUCUAUGAAGCUGCUGUCAAGGGUGUUGCUGCCACUGAUAAGGCUAUUGGUGUUGUUCUUGAAGCCUGUAAGAAGAACGGCUAUGCUCUCUUUGUCACUGCUGAUCAUGGUAACGCUGAAAAGAUGCUUGCUGAUGAUGGUAAGAGCCCCUUCACCGCUCACACCUGCGCCAAGGUUCCUUUCGUCAUGGCUGAUAAGGAUGCCAAGUUUGCUGAGGGUGUUGAAGGUGCUCUUUGUGAUGUUGCUCCUACCGUUCUUGCUUAUAUGGGUCUUGACAUUCCCAAGGAAAUGACCGGAAAGUCUUUGUUGGCUUAA